AUGGGGAGGAAAAAAAUCCAGAUUUCCCGCAUCCUGGAUCAACGGAACCGACAGGUGACAUUCACCAAGCGCAAGUUCGGGCUGAUGAAGAAGGCCUACGAGCUGAGCGUGCUGUGCGACUGCGAGAUCGCCCUCAUCAUCUUCAACGGCGCCAAUCGCCUCUUCCAGUACGCCAGCACCGACAUGGACCGCGUGCUGCUCAAGUACACCGAGUACAGCGAACCCCACGAGAGCCGCACCAACGCCGACAUCCUGCAGACCCUGAAGCGGAGGGGUGUGGGCCUCGAGGGGCCUGAGCUGGAGCCUGAAGAGGGGCCUGAAGGCCCCAGUGAGAAGUUUCGACGGCUGGCAGGGGAUGGGGGUGACCCGGCCUUGCCCCGACCCAGGCUCUACCCGGUGGCUCCCACCAUGCCCAGCCCGGAUAUGGCUUAUGGGGCUCUGCCGCCCCCCAACUGUGACCCCUGCGGGCUCGGGGAGGCCCUGCCCCCCCACAAUCGACCUUCCCCCUUCCGGCCCGCGGUCCCCAAAGCUGGGCCAGCAGGCCUGGCCCCCCACCCUCUCUUCUCCCCGGGACACCUCACAAGCAAGACGCCUCCUCCAUUGUACCUGGCAGCUGAUGGGCGCAGGCCGGACCUGCCUGGGGCUCGGGGGCUGGCGGGGCCCACAAGGGGGCUGGGCACCAGCCUCAGCCUCUAUGGGGCUCUGCAGAGUCCAGGCUCAGCCGCUGUCCCUGGACCUGCCCUGGCGACCUUCCCCUUCUUGCCGGCGGGUCCCCCAGAAUACGGUCUGGAUGACCCUCCUCCGCACCCCGGCUUGCUGCAGCCCCCCCUGACCGCCUGGCAGCCCCCCAGACCCGAUGGACCCCCGGCCGCACCCACCCAGGCCAGUGGAGGCCGUGUCCUAGGCCAGGAGGGACCCCCCGCCCGUGGCUCGUCCCCAUCCAGCCCUCCGGUCAGCAUCAAGUCAGAGCGCCUGUCGCCCACUCCGGGGGGCCCCGGGGACUUCGCCAAGACCUUCCCAUACCCCUUGCUGCUGGCGCGGCCCCCCACAGAGCCCCUCCGGCCUGGGCCCGCCCUGCGCCGGCUGCCUUCGGCUGACACUUGGCUCCGGUAGUGGGUGCUGGAACUUGGGGGCCCGUGUCCCAACUCCGUGU